AGAAAACGCCGAAGUUUUAGCGCUUUAAUAACCUUUAGACUUGAAUUUAUUAACCCCCAGGCGAGAUUCAGUGCUUGAUUGAUGGAUUAUUUCAGGAAAUCUUUUCGUUUCCGGCCUGUGGAUCGUCCACUGCGCCCUCUGGUGUACGCGGCUGGAACUGCAGAGCCCGCGGCGGUACAUGAUGGUGUCGCUUAUAAAACGCAGAAAAACUUCACGAGAGAAGCUGAAUACACCGCGAUCUACGAGGAGAAGACAGCACACAUGAAGGGUUCUUCACCAGAUGCAAGCUUGAAGUCUUUGGAGGACUCGCUGGCUGAAGCUCAGAGAAGAAAUGAGCAGGCGAUGGAGAAAAUUACUCAGCUCGAGAGGAAAAACUACAAUCUGAUGUCCAAAGUAAACGCAUUGCAAAAUGAGCUGACACGAUUAAAGUGGAAAGACCAAAUCGGGGAGAAUAAGCGAGAGCAGGAGGCUUGCGCUAGACUGGAGUCACAGUGCAAAGAGGUGAAGGAAACUUUACAACAGCGACUGACGGUCUCUUUGGCUGAAGCUGAACAGAAAUACAGUGAAGCGAUGGAGUCCAGUGCUCAGCUGGAGAAUGAGAAGACUGGGCUGAUGUCCCAGGUGAACACACUGCGAGGAUCAGUCCAGCAGCUGGAGGAGGAGCUGGAGGAGAUACGUGCAAGGUGUGCUGACAAGAAGGCGUGUGAUCAGGAGUCAGAGGCUUACAAUAUCCUCAAGGUCUUUCUGGCUGAGGCUGAGCGGAAAUACAAUGAAGCGAUGGAGUCCAGUGCUCAGCUGGAGAAGGAGAAGACUGAGCUGAUGUCCCAGGUGAACACCCUGCGAGGAUCAGUCCAGCAGCUGGAGGAGGAGCUCUCGGAGAUACGCGUAAAGUGUGCUGCAGUGGAGGAGCCUCUGGUUGAACCUCAGAGAAAUGAGCUGGAGAUGGAGAAAGUUGCUCAACUUCAGCAGGCAAACUCGUUCCUGACAUCCAAACUGAUCACACUGCAACUGGAGAUCUCUGAGACACGCGUAAAGUGGAAAGAACAAAUCAAGGAGACGGAGCAACAGCAGGAGGCUCGCGCUAGACUGGAAUCGCAGUGCAAGGAGGUGGAGGAAACUUUACAACAGCAGCUGAAGGACGUACUGUCUCAAGCUGAGAUGAAAUAUAAUGCAGCAAUGUUAUCCAAUGCUCGCCUGGAGAGCGAGAAGACUGACCUGAUGUCCAUGGUGGGAGAACUGGAAGUCUCAGUGCAGAAGAUGAGCAGCAAGCUCUCCGAGAUGCACGACAAGUGUGUGAAGGCAACAAAGGAGUGUAAGCAAAAAGAUCAGGAGCUGAGACUCCAGGGAUACCAACUGACUUUGACGCAAAGUAACUAUGAGGACGAACGUGAUGCGCACAACAAACUAAGGUCGCAGUACAAUCAGAUGAAGGAAAAGCAUGAAGACUUACUGAAGGUGCUUGAGCAAAAGCAGCUCUGUCUGGCUGAAGCUGAGAGGAAAUACAACAAAGUGAUUGAGUGCAGUACUGAGCUGCAGGUGGAAAACCGUUACCUGCUGUCCAUGGUGGACGCACUGCGGCGCUCGAAGUCGCUGCAGAAAAGACACUCUGAGACAUGCAUGAAGUUUGGCCAGGAGACGCACUCUCUGGCAGAAACCGAGAUGCUGUACAGGCAAGUGAUAAAGUCCAGCGUUAUCUUGGAGAAGGAGAGGCAUGGCCUGAAGUGGCAUGUACACACACUGCGAGACACAGUCAAGGAACUGGAGGAGAUGCACUCUCAUGCGGAGAAGAAGUAUGAAGCUAUAAAGGAGGAGAGAGAUCAAGUGUAUGAGGUUCACAGGGUCCUGAAGAUACAGCACAAAAUUCUUCAGGACAGGUUAACACAGUGCACCCGCUUACUUGACGCUCAUGGCAUAGAUUUUGAAACGGAGGAGAAGGUGGUUUUAAACCCGAGAUAAUCGCCGGGCGGUGAAACACCUGGAUAUUCUCGAAUGUGUGUGCCAAGACCUCAGAAUCAUUAGAUGCAGGAUUCCCUGUAUUUACCUGUUGUCACACUCAUCACACUCAUUUUGACAGCUCAAGACUGCCUGGUGGUACUAUUUCAGGAGAAAUGCUUUUAAAUCUGCACAGUUGAAGUCAGCGGCUGUGGGACAGGCUGCUUCAGGAUCGUUUUUAGCGCUAAGCCUGAAGCUAACACAUCUGGUUUUAUUGUUUAAGUGUAGAAAUUCACUCAUGAUAAUCAGAACAUCUUGGGGAAUGUAACAUUGACAAAACAAAAGUGUAUACAAAAACACAAAUAAGGAGCACCGGUAAAAAAAAAGUGCAAUUCUUUUAGUAGCUCCCCCUUGCUGUU